GUUUAAUUACUGCUCUGAGUGUGCUAUUCUUUCAGAAAAUGGCCUUUUUUUGAGCCAGUAAACAAUUAACUGAUUACUAAAUUUGUUGACGAUUACUUGAAUAAUCGAUUGAUCAUGAUCAAUCUGAUUAAUUGUUUUAGCCCUAGCAGCAAUUCAGCAUUUUCACAGCUCCCCUCACUAUCGUCUAUCACUAUACCUCUUGUUGCAGCUGAAUAAUUAUGCUGAUUAUUAAUAAUAAUUAAUCUAACCAACUGCUAAAUCGAGGUUUUGUUGGUUUGCUGGAUGAGCCCCCUCAUAUCGGCCGUCCUGUCUAAAAGCAGGUAUCUGCUGAGAAGUAGUGACUCUAAUCCUUUAAGAGGAUAAACUGUGAGAUCCAGAGGGAGGGAUUCAGGAUUCACCGACUGUCUACGGUGGCCUGCACAAGGCAUUUCUGCCAACUUAGCAGACUGAGUGUGUGUCUGGCUGAAACCUGCUGCUGGAGUCUUUAUUAUUAUGCCUUUAUGGAGCAGGAAGGACGAUACCGGCUGAGGAAAACUCAGUGCAACAUGAAUCUGAUGACUGAGCGAACGGGGGGUUAAGUCUUACGUUCAUCUAGACUGCCAUGCCUGCAUUGGAGGUGAUCUGCAGCCUGAUUGGCUGGCUGUGCCUCUACCUGUUGUUCUGCUCCACCUUCUCUCACCGAGGGCCCGAGUGGAACUGCCGCUUGGUCACCUUGACCCAUGGCGUCAUCAUAGUGCUGCUGACGGCAUACGUUGUGUUUGUUGACGGUCCCUGGCCCUUCACACAUGCAGGUACAGAAAACACUGACCUGCAGAUAUUUGCCCUGGCAGUCUGCCUCGGCUACUUCUUCUUUGACCUGGGUUGGUGCGUGUGCUACCGGAGCGAGGGCCCAGUCAUGCUGGCGCAUCACGCCGCCAGCAUCGUGGGCAUCCUCCUGGCGCUGCUGAUGGGCGUGUCGGGCUGUGAGACCUGCGGGGUGAUCUUCGGCAGCGAGAUCACCAACCCGCUGCUGCAGAGCCGCUGGUUCCUCCGCCAGCUGGGACUCUACGACAGCCUGCUGGGCGACGCCGUGGACCUGCUCUUCAUCCUGCUGUUCGCCACGGUGCGCGUCGGCCUGGGGACCGUCAUGUUUUAUUGCGAGCUCACUUCGCCCAGGACUUUGCUGAUAAUGAAGCUUGGGGGCGUGGUCAUGUAUCUGCUGGCCUGGGUGUUCAUGGUGGACAUCGCCAGGUUCGGCUACAAGAAGACCAGGGCCAAAUACAGGAAGUGGAUGGUGAACCGCGAGCUCAAAGAGACAAGCGAAGAAAAACCAGUUGGGCACGAAGAGUGAUUGAGAAGACUAACUCAACCGCUUUCACAUGUUUUUAACAGACGCUCCAUGAAUUUAUUUAUUUAUUUAUUUUAUCUGCGGUACAGUGGACUGCAACAUUUUUAAAGUCUGUGUAAAAACAAUUCUGAAAAACCUUGAUAAGUACAUUUAUUUUGCAAACUAAAUAAUGAGCUGACAGUGAGCAGAGCAUGCGCAUUAAGAGGUCCGACCUUUAGAGGAACUGCCAGCAGGGGCGCAACUACAUACAUACUUUCCGAGGUGUAUGCGAACAUGUCAUCGCCCCCCUGCUCCCUGCUCCCCGACAUAAACUUGUAUAACUCAUUUUUAAUUAAAGUAUCAAUAAUAAUAAA